AUGGGUGACGAGAGCCCGGCGUGGAAAACAGUGUACGGGGCCAAUGUCAUCGUGUUCGAAGGGAUACUGGCUUUUGCGAACAAGGAGUUGCUGAAGCUCCUGGACAUGAAAGUGUUUGUGGACACGGACUCUGACAUCCGGCUGGUGCGGCGGCUGCAGCGCGACAUCAUGGAACGUGGGCGUGACAUUGUGGGCGUCAUCAAGCAAUACAACAAGUUUGUGAAGCCAGCCUUCGAGCAGUACAUCGAGCCCACCGUGCAGGUCGCCGACAUCGUGGUGCCCAGGGGUGGGGAGAACUUUGUGGCCCUGGACCUCAUUGUGCAGCACGUGCACAGCCAGCUGGAGAAGCGCGAGAUCACCGUCAGGGCAGCUCUGGCCUCUGCCCACCAAGGACAGCCCCUGCCGAAGACGCUGAGCGUGCUGGAGAACACGCCGCAGGUGCGAGGCAUGCACACCAUCAUCAGGAACAAGGACACCACCAGGGACGAAUUCAUCUUCUACUCCAAGCGCCUGAUGAGGCUGUUGAUCGAACAUGCCCUCUCCUUCCUGCCACUGAAGUCGGUCACUGUGGAGACGCCCCAGGGGACAACGUACGAAGGAAAGCGGUUCCACAGGCAGAGGAUCACAGGUGUGUCCAUCCUGCGAGCCGGGGAGACCAUGGAGCAGGCCCUCACCGCUGUGUGCAAGGACAUCCGCCUGGGCAAGAUCCUCAUCCAGACCAACCACGACACGGGGGAGCCUGAGCUCCACUACCUGCGCCUUCCCAAGGAGAUCAGUGAGGACUACGUCAUCCUCAUGGACAGCACUGUGUCCACCGGCGCUGCGGCCAUGAUGGCAGUGCGCGUCCUGCUGGAUCACGACGUGCAGGAGGACAGGAUCUUCCUGCUGUCGCUGCUGAUGGCGGAGAUGGGGGUGCACUCCGUGGCCUACGCCUUUCCCCGCGUCCGCAUCAUCACCACCGCCGUGGACAAGAGGAUCAACGAGGAGUUCCACAUCAUCCCGGGCAUCGGUGAGGGCGGGCAGGGGAAGCUGGCGCUCAAGUACCACCCGGACAAGAACCCCGAUGACCCGGCGGCGGCCGAGCGCUUCAAGGAGAUCAACAGCGCCCACGCCACGCUGAGCGACGAGGACAAGCGUCGCCUCUACGACCAGUACGGCUCCCUGGGGCUCUACGUGGCCGAGCAGUUCGGGGACGAUGCCGUCAAGCACUACUUCCUCAUGUCCAAGUGGUGGUUCCAGGCCCUGGCUCUGUGCUGCAGUGCUCUCACCUGCUGCUGCUGCUGCUGUUGCUGCUUCUUCUGCUGCGGGGCGUGCUGCCCCCCGAAGGAGGACGAGCCCUACAAGUACGUCGACCCCAAGGACCUGGAGGCGCAGAUGCGUGCGGAGGACAGCGAUCCGCAGAUACCUGUUGUGGCGCAGCCCCCGUCUGCCAGCGUGGGGCCCUUGCCGGCCGCCAGCAGCAGGACCGCUGCCUGA